AUAAUGGGCGUGUUUCUCUUCACCAACAUGUCGGCGUAGAAGCUUCUAUAAAAACUUUACAGUCAAUAUUUAGUAAGUUGUGACGUAAAGCAAUUAGCAUUUGGAUGAAUAUGGUGUGUGAGCGUAGCGCAGACUUAGUCAAGCCUUUUCAGAUUGGUUUACUUUGUAAGUUUAUAAUUUUAGUAGUAUUUAUUAGCAUAAACGUCGCGGCUUCUGAAUGUGAAAGAAUCAGUCCAGAGAAAUGUCUCAUCUGGGGUCUAGGGCUGAAACCCGAGACGGUUUUACCAGUCCGCUACUUCUUUAUUCAGGCGGUCAGUUCAGAGGGAGUAAACCUGACUUUGUCUCCAGGUAAAGACACAUUUAAAGUGCAGAUAACCUCCCUGGACAAGAAAGAGCACAUCCGUAUCCACGUCCCUCCACCUCUGGACAGAGGAGAUGGGUCCUUCCUGGUGAGAUACCGGCUCUACGGCACAGCGCAGAGGGGUCUGAAGAUUGAAGUUCUCCACCAAGAUGCUGCUAUUGCCAAGUCACCCUACAUCAUGCAAGGUCCGGUCUAUCAUGAGUACUGUAACUGUCCUGAGCCCGAUGCCUCCGUAUGGCAGCGUGUCAUGCAGUGUCCUGCUGAAGAGCCUCAGAUUCUGGCAGACUUUAAACCCUUUCCCACAGUUGACCUGCAGCGCCUCAGACAGGAAGUUCCUCGCAGAUUCUCUAACAGAGGAGGUCUCAUUCACUACGCCAUCAUCAACAACCAGCUUUAUCGCCACACUCUGGGAAAAUACACCGACUUCAAGAUGUUCUCUGAUGAAAUGCUGCUCUCUCUAACAAGGAAGAUGAGGGUGCCUGAUGUGGAGUUCUACAUCAAUGUUGGUGACUGGCCAUUGGAGACAAGGAGGUCGAAUGCUGUUCCAGUCUUGUCGUGGUGUGGCUCUACAGACACCCAGGACAUUGUCCUUCCUACAUAUGAGGUCACACACUCCACCCUGGAGACCAUGAGAGGCGUCACCAAUGACCUGCUCUCUGUCCAGGGAAAUACAGGGCCUCCAUGGGCUAACAAAACAGAGAGGGCAUUUUUCCGUGGCCGGGACAGUCGAGCGGAACGUCUUCAGCUGGUCUCUCUGUCCAUGAAAAAUCCUGAGCUACUGGACGCAGGCAUCACAGGAUGGUACUUCUUCAGAGAUAGGGAGAAACAUGUAGGCAAAGCACCACUUGUUGGAUUCUUUGACUUCUUUAAGUAUAAGUACCAGGUGAACGUGGAUGGAACAGUGGCAGCGUAUCGUUUUCCUUAUCUGAUGCUCGGGAACAGUCUGGUUCUUAAGCAGGACUCACAGUAUUAUGAGCAUUUCUACAGCUAUUUAAAGGCAGACACUCACUACAUUCCUGUGAAGAGAAACCUUUCAGACCUUUUGGAGAAAAUCAAAUGGGCCAAAGAGAAUGACGCUGAAGCACAAGACACAGCCAGAAUGGGUCAGGCAGUGGCUAGAGAGCUACUGCAGCCCAGCAGACUGUAUUGUUACUACUACAGAGUGCUGCACAUGUACUCAGAGCGACAGACAGGACAGCCCACACGACAUUCAGACAUGGAGCUGGUGCCUCAGCUAGACAACCACACUGCUGCGUGCACAUGUGAGCGUAAAAGCCACAAAGAAGAAACCAACAUGAAAGAUGAAUUAUGAUGGAAUCUGUCUUUAGUCUUUAAUUAUUGUCAUUUUUUCUCCUAAUCGUUCCUGAAAAAGAGUUAAAAUUAUUUAAUGUUCCUGAUGCUAACAAUAAAAUGGGAAUUUCACAGUUAAAUUUAAACAUUACAGUUAGUUGCUUUAACUUUGAACAGUAAAGGAAGUUGUAGGACAUUUACAAAAAAAAAAAUUGUCCUCAGCUUUUCGAGAUGAAGCAGCAGUACAAAAUUAUAAUGCCACUCUUUUUUUGUGUUGUAGUGUUGUUUUGUACCUUCUGUAAAGCUCUGGUUAGUAAUUCGAGAAAGUGAAGAUAUAAUUACAGUUUUGUAAAUGUGCCUUUGCAUUGGAUUUUUGUAUACAGUAUUAUCCUGAAAUAAAUAUGUCUUUAAAUAAA